UUUGAUCUUACCUGUUCUUCUAUCCAGCCGUGCGCUGUCUUCCCGGCUUCUGUAGUGUGUGGGGGCGCUCGGCAUGACAGCCGGGUGCCCAGUGCGCAUGAGCGAGAAGCACUUGCGCUUUGUGAUUGGUCUGGCGGCUUCUGGGAUCUGUCAUGUGUCCCAGGUACUGCCUUACCAUUCACAAAAAGCACCGCUUCUUGCGCAUGCGCACUUGGCACCCGGCUGUCAAGCCCAGUGCCCACACUACAGAAGCCGGGAAGACAGCGCGCCGCUGGAUAGAGGAGCAGGUAAGGUCCCGCUGCAGAGCUGAGCGGCCGGCCCGGUAUUCUGACACGGCGGCGGUGGAAAUACCGGACCGGCCGCUCCAUAUUCGCUCCAUAAGACGCACUGACAU